UCCCAUUCCUGGAGGUGUUCAAGGAAUGACUGGAUGUGGCACCCAGUGCUCUGGGCUGGGAGACAAGGUGGGGAUUGGUCACAGGUUAGACUCAAUGGUUUUGGAGGACUUUUACUGGAGUGAUUCUGAAAUUCUGCUGCACAGCUCACAGAGGUGCCACUGCAGAUACUGUGCUCAGAGAACUGGGACAUGCUGCUUCCUACCAUCUCCAAGAAAACUUCUGAAAAUUAUUGGGGAUUUUCUCUAAAUGCUUAUUGUUCAGAAUUCAAUAGAAUACUUUGUUCUGAUGAGAUCUAACCCAGGACACCAGAAGAUGCAACAUGCUGGUACCUGCUCAUGGCUGUCAGGGGGGUUAGUUCCUUUGGCUAUUUUGUGGUGGAAGCUUUGAUGAGAAAGUAAAAUGGGAAGACUCUUAAAAAUUGCAAUGUGUGUCUCUUUUGGGUGAUUGUGUUCUGUGAGAAGAGGACAGGAUCUCUAAAGAAACUUCAGCACUGGCUAUGUACACUUGCAAACCAUUUCUUCUUACCAGAAAAUCAAAAGGGAAAAAAAGGUUUGAGAAAGGCAGAGUGGGUGCCUCAGCUGUUUUACUUUUCCCCUGUAUGCAGGUAAAUGGUCAAGCUCUCCCUGAGCACUGUUUGUUUAACAACUGAAAAGAAAGCACUUCCUAUCAUUCCAAAGAGUAAAUAUCUGAAGUUAUGGAUUAACUAAGUUCCAGCAGAGCUCAUGGAGGAAGAACAGAUCACGCUGAUUCUCACUGAAUAAAGUAGUGACUCCUGCUGCAGGAUGUGGAAACUCCUCACCGUGGGGCUGCUGCUGGCUGCCUGCUCUUCACGGGGCUGCGGCAUCUCAAUAUUUUAUAGCAGUAAAGAUGCAAACCAAGUCCUGAGAAUCCAGAAGCGGGCAAACACAUUCCUGGAGGAGCUCAAGCCAGGCUCUCUGGAGCGUGAGUGUCUUGAAGAGCACUGUGACUUGGAGGAGGCCAGUGAGAUAUUUGAAACCAGGGAAGCAACAAUGGAUUUUUGGACCAAGUAUGUAGAUGGAGAUCAGUGUGUGAAACAACCUUGUUCCAAUGGGACCUGCAAGGACAAUAUUGGAAAAUUCUCCUGCAUCUGUAACAAAGGCUGGGAGGGGGUUUUGUGCAGUUAUGAGGUCAAAUACGACAACUGUUCCUUGGAUAAUGGGGGCUGUGAACAUUUCUGCAGGGAGGACCCUGCCGAGCAGCAUCGCUUGUGCAGCUGUGCGUCGGGGUAUCGGCUCAAGGAUGACCACACCACCUGUGAACCUGUAGUGGAGUUCCCCUGUGGAAGAGUGAAGUCAGACUACCUUGAAGCCAGAGCAGAUUUCAAUAUUCGGCUCAUUAAUGGAAAAGUUGGAAGAAGGGGAGGCAGCCCUUGGCAGAUUAUGCUGCAAAGUGCCAGCGGGAUGUUUCUGUGUGGGGGUGUUCUCAUCCAUCCAUCUUGGGUCCUAACAGCAGCACACUGCCUUGAGGAACAUAACAGGUUCAGAGUUAAAAUUGGUAAAUUCAGUUUCCAUUCUGAUGCAGAUGAACAAACCAUUUGGGUUGAUAAAUGGGUGAUGCAUGAAAAUUACACCAAGAAGACCUCAGAUAAUGACAUAGCCAUGCUGCACUUGGCUGAGCACGUGAUGUAUUACCAUUACGCGCUGCCAAUCUGCCUUCCCACCCGCAACCUGGCGGAGCAGGAGCUGACGAGGGGUGGGAGGCAGGUGGUGGUGACAGGCUGGGGCAGGAAGAGUGAGCAUAACAGCAGCUACGCUACUGCCCUGAGUUACAUCGAAAUCCCCAUCGUGCCCCGGAACGAGUGCGCCCAGGCCAUGCGCUUCCAUAUCUCUGACAACAUGCUGUGUGCUGGGAGCCGGGGCGACAGGAAAGAUUCCUGCGAUGGGGAUAGCGGAGGCCCUAUGUUCACUAGAUAUAAGGAUACUUGGUUUUUGGUAGGACUGGUGAGCUGGGGUGAAGGCUGUGGAAGAAAGGGGAAAUAUGGAGUCUACACCAAAGUUAGUCAGUACCUGGAGUGGAUUAAUCACCACAUAGAUAUGUCAACCCCUUUGAAGACUUGAUUCUGAUCCAGAGUCUGGAAUGUUGUGGCUCUGUGCUAGUGACAGUAUGCAGUAUAAUGUACUGUCAGAUUUCAGUAUUAAAUAUUGAGUAUGUGUUAACCUUGUGUGCUGUUUUCCUUGGUAUCUAUUUUUUUUCUUCCUUUUCAUUGGUUUGUUGCAGGCUCUGUUGUUUAUUUGUGGUGUGGUCCUACUUUGGCCUUACAGGCAAGAAAAUAUCCUUAGCUAAGAUGCUGUACAUACAGCAUUGUAGAAAAUAAGGUUGUCCAUAGUCAGACAACGCCAUCUUUGAAAUAAAAAUGUCAGUUGUGUAAAGUGGCUGAACUGGGGUAGAGGCAGGAGGGGAGAGAGAAAAGUAUUUUGCAAAUAGACAUGCAGUUCUGCCAUUUCACAUGUACUGCAAGGUAUUACCCACAGUAACUGUUUUGGUUUGCUCAGUAUUUGUAUAAUUUUUCUUUCAACCCAGUGAAAUUUUUAUUAUGUCACUGCUACCUCCAGUUCUUCACACCUUACUCCAGUGUUCACAGAUUGUUGAUUCAGCAGGUGACUGGAACUUGUCUGUAUUUACCAUUCUUUGCACGCUUGAUGGUGGAUUUUACCCUCCCAAACUUCCUUAAAAGGGAAUGGGAACUCUCUUCAGUGUUAUUCACAAAAACAAACAAACAAGCAAACAAAAAAUGAAAACCAAAACAAAACCCCCAAAAACUUUAAUUCCAAGCUUUUGCAGGCUCUAUUAAUAAUGAAGUUUGUAAUUCUCUUCUAAUUAGCAAGCAAGCAAACACUUCUGUUCAUUCCUGUUCUGGUGGAUGCAAUGGGCUGCAGGCUGUGUUAGCAUUGCCAAUGCCUUUACUAAUAAAUGCAUGUUUGUUUGCACCUCUGUCUGUGUGUAUAUCAGUAAAUAACAUAAAGACAUACAGCACCAGUAAGUCCAUAGGAGGCAGCAAGAGUCCAAGUGAAGUUUAAUAUCACAAUUUAUACUUGUUUCUAACUUUAGUACUUGAGACUUCUUAAACAUAAUUAAUCUUGUAGAAAGAAAAAGGAAAACUAUCUCUGCUGUAGUGAUGUUUCCAACAGCUCAACGGGCUUGGAUGCAUGUUUGGAUCAGUGAAGAACUUCAGUCUGCUCUUGUGAUGAGACUGGUAAACAAAAAGCCUCCAGGUACAAUGAAAUUUGAUUAGAGUUUGUAAGAAAUUUAAUAUGAUAUCAGUAAGGAGGCUUAAUACCUCUUAGAUUCAUUCCCUCAGAGGUGCCUCUGUGCUUAUUACCCAAGUGAGGAUUUUGAGUCAUGCACCAAAUAAGUAGCAGUCAAACCAAGGGCUUCUGUGUCAUUUAUUGGCUCUGUCCCUCGCCUCUCUUCCUCUUUUUGCCUUGGGAUGGGAUUUAGGGAUGGACUAAUGUUAAAAGAAUAAUGCUUUGAACAGCAGCCUUCCCACCAGGCCUCUGCACUGGGAAGAAGAAACCUGUAACAUUGACUUGCAGGUAGAAACACAGCUGUGUUCACAGCCAGUUAAACACAGGUCUGAGUAACAGCAGAAAUGGUAAUGUUGGGGUGGCUGUGACUGUGACAGGGCAGUAUUUGCUUGCCUGCAGGUGACUGCUGUGAAUCCUCCUGCACACUCCUAGCUCUGCAUAUUUCAGCAGAGGUUUACAGAGCAACUUGUGUGUUUUCCAAAUCAGUUGGUCUUAUCUGCUGGAAGGUGAUGGACUGUCAGAAAUCUGCUCAUAGAAUCUCCAUAUUUUCCUGAAUAAAUUUGUUGCAAAAGAUGGCUUUUAUUACUGAAGGAUAUUUUUAAAGACCUUUUGAUUCUCUUUUUAAUGCACCUGUGUAUAUGUGUGGACAUACACAUAAAAUUUUCUUCUGAUGUUGGAUUUCAUAGAAUCCAAGUUGUCUCUCCUCUGUCAAUAUUUGUGAUGGGUUAAUGAUCAACCUCUUGAACUCAUGGCUGUUCCUGGUGUACAUCCAAAUCUCUUUUGUGUCUUCCUAUAAAAAAAUAAAGAAAAAUGUGAGUGUAAUUGCAUGGUUCUGUGGGAGGUGAACUCACUCUGGAUCCUGUGUUUUGAAAACGUGCUGCAGGCAACAGAGAGGUACAUGCUGUCGAAUCCCAGUAAAUCAUUCAGCGUGGGAAGGUGAUGCCAAGAAAUCCAAACUUCUGUCUUAUACCUAUGACUCCCAGGUAGGUGGUGGUUGAUGAACUGUAAGAGGGGCUUCCUUCUGUGUCCCUUUGAGAUUCCGGCAGAUGUUUUCCUACUUUCCUUGAUGCAAUGGUAGCUCUGGGAGCUGCCCGGGGCCCGUGUGCAGCUGUGACUGUGCAGUGCCGGUGUUUCCUGGAGGAAAGGCUGGAGUGCUGGUAUAAGAACGGCGGCUGCUGGCGGUACUGCAGGGACGGGACAGCGCCUUCCACGCGGUGUUCCUGCGCCAGGGACUACGCCCUGCACGAGGAUGGAGAGAGAUGCGUGCAGGCACUUAAAGCAGAGGCGGCUCGAGUUACCUCAGGCAAAUGGCAGGAUGGCAGGCAGCGACUUCUGACACUGACAGCAGAAGAGCUGCAGACGCUCCAGCUACUGCAGCUUGCACUUAGUGUGUGAAAAGAUCUGUCUUGUGUUUAUCAGGUAUUUAACCUAGUGCCUCUGUGAGCAUGUACUGGGUCAAGGAGCAGCAGGACAGUCAGUUCUGACUCUGUUCUUUCUGCAUCCAAGCAGGCUGAAAUGGAGACAUGAUGCGGAAGUGCCAGUGGGAGGCAAGGGGACGGGACACGGGCUUUAAAACUGGUUGUUAAAGGAGGCAGGAAGGGAGCACUGGGCUUGCAUUCUGUCCUAAUGGGGGCCCUGGGCAGGCAGCUCCUGACUGAUGUCAGUGACUCAGAGAAGGCACAGCCUUGGGCUCGUUUGUGGGCAAUGAGCUCUGCACACCUCAGCUGGGUGGUGGCCCAUUGGCUGUUGAACAUCACAAUGUCAGAGUUGUGCCUGGGCUCUUACUGGAAGGCUGAGUUCCAUCCUUGGACAGGAAAAACACCAUGUUGAAUUCAACAUGACACCACAUAUAUCAAGCUAAAGUCUUUGAUUGUCAUUCCCCCCUCCAGCACUGUUUCCCUGUGACCUGACCAAAGCCAGGUGGGCUCUGGAGGAGCAGCAGCUGGGGCUGCAAUGGCUCUGCAGGGGCCUGUGGGAGCACAGGGAUGUUGUGUCCAAGUGGACUUGGAGCACAGAGGGUACAGUUAGAGCUGAAAUAUGAUGAUGUUGGGGAAAAGGAGACUUUAAAGGAUGCUUUUGGACAGAGCACGUGCACAAAGGGUGACGCUGGACAAAUGGGGAUGGCAGGAGAUGUUUCCAGUUUGAACACAACAUGGGUGUCUCUGUGACACAGAAGCCACUGUGGGACAGUGCUACAGGGGGAGCGGGAUGUCCCUGAGCACCAUGAGGCAGUGGAGGAGACUGCCAGGCCUGGCAGACCUAGGGGAGCUGACCCAGGGUCCUUCAGGGCAGAACGGGACUGCAGCAUCUGCAGCCAGGUGGGAAGGAACAGUAGGAAAUGCAGUGGGGCAAAACCAACGAUGGGAGGGCACUGACUGGAAUGGAACGGGAGCUGUUCAGCCUGAGGGGCUGCAUCAGGGCAGUGACUGGGGAGAUGUUUUGGACAUGCCUCAGCCCACCCAGACAAACAUCAGCUCUACUUUGGAGCAGUAGGACUCCAGGGUAACGGGACAAACACUGUCUCAUCAUGGACAUUGCCCUCACAGUAAUACUUUACUUUCAGUCUCACCAUAAACACCACAACGAAAUGCUUUUUUACUUUAUCAUCACUGGGUCCAUGAGGAGGAGCAGAGUUCAUCAAGCCAUUAUAAAGUUGUUUUUUCAGGUCAAAAGCAAUGGACCCGCAUAUAUUUCUCAGUCUUCUGCCAGGCUUUUUGAUAACAGGGACCUUAAAUACCUUUAUCAUUCUUCCCUUACCUUGCUUUUGGAUUGGAAUGUUAAUACUCUCUCAAUAUAUUAGUCAGUCAGAUAUCUGUGCUGUCAUUCAGGUUUUGUCUGCAUGUCCUUGGGGAAAUGCCAAGUUUUGCCUCCUUUUGGAAGGCUGCAAUUUUCACAAGGCAGGUUCUAUGGCCAGGUGAGGUUCUUUAGAAUGCUGAGCAUGGUCAGGAAUGUAAAACUGAGGGCUCAAAGGUGAAGGCAAGUGCAUGUGGCAAACAGGGACAACUGAAGUGUUUGUUUCUAUUGUCUGGUUUUGGAUUUUAAAUCAUGGUUUUUGUGCAUGUCCUUAUUUGUCACUAAUUUUCACUCUAUUGCCCAAUUCCACAUGUCAGGAGAUAUUUACAGGUAGAAAAAUCAGAGGCUAAGCCUGGGUGGACUGUGCCUUCAUUGUGCACUUUGUCAAGUGAAAAUGUCACUAUUGGCCAAGUUUAGGGGUUUCCACCAUCGAGCCUGAUUCUGGCUUGGUAGAGGGGAAUGUUGUUUGAAUGCUGCCCAACCUGUACAUUUUCUUCUUGAAAUGACGUGUUACCCUCAAGGAAGUUGAGGAAGUUUUAAAUUUUCAUUACAGCAGGCAAUUUGUAAUUUAAUUUUGUAUAUGUGUGUGUGUGUAUUCAUAUGUAUGUGUGUAUAGUCAUUACAUUUUUUUAAAGAGUUUUGUAAACCCUUUGUAUUCUAGUUCUUCAUAACCUAAGCCAGCAUUUUCUGGUAAUUGUUCUUUGCUACUUUUCAGUGUUUGUUUCUAGCACUACUGAACAGAAUUAAAAGCAUCAAGAGUAUAUAGAAUUAAGUCCAAAUGGGUCAUGUAAAACUCCUGGAACUGGACCACAGUAGGAGGCCAGACUGUGGCACACCCCUUUCCACUCUUGGAUUAGUACCAGCACUGGGCCGCUGGGUGACUCGGCCGCACUGCCUGGACCUUGCCAGCCCCCAGCACAGCCCCAGGUGAGCACGGGGCACCUCUGACUGUAGCUGUGCUUUGUGUGACGCAGCAAGGCAGGGCUGAGACACUCUGUUGGUGUGUCAGCAUCAGGGCUCCAGCUCUGUCUUGCCUCUAAAGGGCACCUGAAGAGUUUGGACUGCAGGAUCACACCCUACAGCAUCAGAAAUCAUUGUCACAAGCAGGAUUUGGUUUGGGCUGUGCCACCUUGGAACGAAAGAUCAAAGCAUUAUAACCUCCCCUCUCUUUCCUGUUCCCUGUGACAGUACCACCAAGGUUGUUUAGUUUGCUUAACGUUUUAACUUGUCCUGACUGCAGGAGACUUCAAUAAAUAUCAGAGAAUUCAAGGAACAGAAGAUUGCUGUGGAACAGAGCUGGACGCACCAUUACAAUUCCAACUACAGUGGUGACAUUGCCCUGCUCUACUUGAGCGGUGCUGCUGUUUUGAACUACAUGUGCCUCCUCAUGAAGGUGCAGCUGCCCAGUGUGGGCCUGGAGCACUGCCAGUGGGCCAUGGACAGGCUGCUCUGUGACAGCAGCGUCUGUGUGAUGCCUGCAUGGGGGACAGCAGUGUCCCACCACAACACUUCGUUCCUCCUGGGCACUGUCAGCUGCGGGGAGGGCUGUGCUGAGCAAGGGAAAUAGUGUAUACACCAGAGUAUCCAAAACUAAACCCACUGGGUCAAAUUCCAUGUGUGGAACGUACCUGUGUUAUGACAGACAUGCCCACAGGCCUGUGUGAAUUCAGUGCUCACUGCAGGAGGCGCAGGUGUGGUAACAGUGUCCGUCAUGAGGCAAUGCUGAACACACAGAGGGAGCUCUGAAGUUCUGGAACCAAGUACAACCUCAAGUACAAAUCAGUUACAUAUUUGUAUUUACAAAUCUGUUUUUGUAUAGAAAUUUGUAUUAUGGAUUGCAAUUACAGAUGUUUUUCAACACAAAAAAACAGUGUGUAUAGAACUGUGUAUAAACCGAGCAGGAACCGACCUAGCUGCAGGAGGAUGAAAGGAUUUUGUGGUAGAAAUCUGAACAGGUGAUCUGCGUGUUUCAUGUUGAAAGAAGUUUUGAUUUUGUGACCCUUUCUUACAAUUGACUAUGAAAUUAAAAUUACCAACCCCCAGCACUCCUGAAGGUCCAUUCUUACCGUUCCACAACAGAACCUUUGUUUCCCUCAGAGAAAAAGCAGUGCUGAGCUAUUAUGAAUAAUUUUGACUGGAAUUAUUUGUAUUAGGCCUUGCACAAGACCCCCAAGUUCAGUACUUCAGGGAAAUGAAGGCUUUCAAGAAAUUAAUUAAAACUAAAAAAACCCCCAAAACGCUAAACCCCUGAAGGGCUCAGCACGCUAAAACAGACACCUGAGGUGGUUACUGCCUCAUACACAUACCUGGAGAAAGCAGGAGCAGAGCUCUUCAGUGCCCCAGCCAGCACAGGGGUCCUCCUUCAGUUCUUGCUUGAAGCUGCUGUCCCAGCACAAAGCUCUGUUACUGUCAUUCCCUCCACACUCUCAUGUGCAAAUUUAAGAUGUGAUCCCUACACACACUUGCACUCUCUCCAUGGCUGGUACCAGCAGUAACUCAGCCAUUUUCAGAGGCAGAGGCAAAGAAGCCAGAGUACCAGAUGUUACUCUGUUGUUCCUGCUGCUACAGACUCACAAAGAAACAGCAUUAUCCCCCCCCCAACAGAAGAACAUUCUCCUUCUCACUGGUAAAACACACUUUUGCCAAGUCACUAUUAAGCUACAGUGACAUUUUAGCUGGAAGCUGUUGGAAUUUCCAGUGGUCAUUCGCUGGCUUUCUCUUGAACUUUACAUUAGUCCUCAUGAAAAGAAAAUCCAUUGCAUGGAAACAUGAUCAAUAUUUCUAAAUCAAAACUAAUAGAUGCAGAUCUCCAAAGACAUAACAACUGAUUAAUAAAGCAAUGAAUAAAGAGAAAAUGGACAAAGUUGAAUAAAAAAAUUAACCCCUCAGUUUUUCCACAUCCCUGGUUGUCUGUGUAUACCUUCAUCUGAGCAAUGAACAGGCAGUCCCCUCCCAAAAAAAAAAAAAAAAACAGAAGAUGUUUUAUUUUUUAAAGCGUUG